AUGGAAGAUCUUAAAAAGAAUGGAACAAAUCCACCAGAUAAUACUAUAAGUAAAAGAGACAAGAAAAGAAGUAACAUAGCGACAAGGCUAAAUAAACUUGAAUUAACAUUUAAAAAUGAUCGAGAUAUAUUUUAUAGAAAUAGUUUACAUGAAUUACAAAAUAAAUUAGCAAGUUUACAACAAGGAUCAAAUGAGGAGUAUAUAACUAAAAAAAUUGAAUUAGAAGAAAUAAGAGAUUAUGAAUUAACUAAACUUAGGUUAUGGGAAGAAUAUCAAGUUAAAAGAAUUGAAUCAGAAUAUAAAUCUGAUUUGGAGAAAGCAAAAGACAAUUAUGAUAAAAUGAUAAAAUUAAUUAAAGAAAAAUUAUAUGAUAAAUUACAGAAACAGAUCAAAAAUUUAAAAGAGGAUAAAUAUUUAUUAAACUUGCUAAAUGGAAAUAGUUAUAAUCAAGAUAAUGAUGAUGAAAAUGAGAAUCAUAUAAAAGAUGAUGAAACGUUAGCAGUUGCAAUGGGAUUAAAUUUACAUGAUAGAAGAUCAUUAAGAAAAAGAGGUGAAUAUUUUAGUAGAUUCACAACUGGAGAAAUGGAUGAUUUAUCAGAUGGAGCAAGUGGAGCAGGAAAUUUAUCAUCAAAUCAAAAUAAUAAUGGUUCAGGUUAUAUAUCACUGAGUAAAAGAAGAAGAUUAUAUACAACAAGAUAUAGUUCAAAUGAUGAAGUAUCAAGUAGUGCUGCAAGUGCAAAACCAUGGCAUAAUAAUAAUAAUAAUGGAGUACCCAAUUCCAACAAAAAUUUACAUGGGAAUAAUGUUGCACAUGCUCAUUUAAGACAUAAUAACGGUAAUUUAACAACAAGUGGUAUAAGUAGUGGAUAUGAAUCUAAUCUAAGUGAUAAAGAUUAUGAUGCAUUAAAUACUUUAAUAAUGGAAAAUGAAGAUUGUGGUAAAUCUUUAAUAUAUGAUGGUAAUGGAUUAAAUAAUAAUGAUUCAAAUGGUUCGGGAGGUUCAAAUAAUCAACAUAAUUAUAAAGUACAAACUCGUGGUUCUCAUAAACAAUUUAUUGGACCUCAAGGAUUAAAAAUUGAAGAAUUAAAUGAAGAUCUAGAACUACUAAGGACCGCUAUUAAAAAAGAAUUCUGA